AUGCAGUACCCGACCACCAGAGGCUCCAUCCCUUUCUAUUGGUCACAGAGGCCCAAUCUGAAGUACAAGCCAAAGCCACAGAUCAGCAAAGUGGUUAACCAUUUAGAUGGAUUCCAGAGGCACUUUGAUUCCCAGGUUGUUCUGUAUGGAAAACAAGUCAUUUUGAACUUGCCCCUCACCAGGAGCAAAGUUCCGGUGCCCAGGUUCUGUGUGGAGAUCAACCAAAAAGGUUCUGAAAAGCCUUUGGAGCUAGCAUUUGACAAGAUGGUAACCAGCUCGGGUAAUGGUAUGAUCAAGUACAUAGCAUUUGACUUUCACAAGGAAUGUAGUCGGAUGAGGUGGCAUCGCCUUCAGAUCUUACUGGACAGUGUUUCUGAAAUACAGGAUGAAUUUGGAUAUUUCCUUGUGGACGCUGAAGGGAAGGUACUGAUGAACCAAGAGGGUACAUUUCGGAGCAACUGCAUGGACUGUCUGGACCGUACCAAUGUCAUCCAGAGUCUGCUAGCCCGACGCGCCCUACAGUCACAGCUGCAGAAAAUGGGACUUCUCCACCUGGGACAGAAGAUCGAAGAUCAGACUGAUUUUGAGAAGAUUUAUAAGAAUGCGUGGGCAGACAAUGCUGAUGCAUGUGCCAAGCAGUAUGCUGGAACUGGUGCCUUAAAAACAGACUUCACCAGGACAGGGAAGAGGACUGUGUGGGGUGCUGUGAUGGAUGGCUGGAACUCUGCAAUCAGAUAUUACAAGAACAACUUUUCAGAUGGCUACAGGCAGGACUCCAUUGACUUGUUCCUGGGGAACUAUGCUGUGGAUGAAGCAGACUGGAUCACUCCACUGCAAGACCCCAAAGACUGGAAGUUUUUAACUCUGCCUAUCGUCAUGGUUGUAGCUUUCUCUAUGUGCAUCAUCUGUCUGUUAAUGGCUGGUGACACGUGGACUGAGACUUUGGCCUAUGUUUUGUUCUGGGGAACAGCCAGUGUUCUGACAGGUGGCCUGAUCCUGUUUAAUGGACGGGACUUUGUGGACGCUCCCAAGCUGGUUCAGAAGGAGAAGUUGGACUGAAUGUGUGCGUGUGGAAAGCAGCUGGGCCCUGGCGACCUUAACAUGUCAUCACUUCCCCCCCACCAUCGCCAUCUGCAGGCCUGGAGCCUUUAUUAAACAUGACCCGAGCAGACAAGGACGAUGGCUACCACAACUAGCCCGGUGUGAAACAACUGAUACUGGGACUGGGAGAUUCUGCAGGGGUUCCGCUGCUGUCCACACGUAACUUGUUGUAGUAGACAGGACUGUGUGUUCACUGGUGUCCUAGUAGCAUCAGCUGUUAAAGGAGAAUGCUGAGCACUCAUGCAAAGUCCCUGUUUUUCUUUAUCUUUUUUGAGUGCAUUAAUAUCUGAUAACUAAGAAGACCACAUUGUUGUAAAUGAAUGACUCUUCAGAAUGUACAUGUUUUAUAUUUGCAUUUGUCAAAGCAUAGAUUAGAUUUUGCUGUUCAGCAGCUUUGUGAGUUUUUUUGCCCUGGCCUGUUUCAAAGUGAGUAUUAUACAGCACCAAUUUAUUGAUGACUUGAUGCCUGUCAGUAAAGCAAACAUCUGCCAAUAAG